AUGCUGUCUAAUAGCUCCCGUCUCCUCCGCAGUCGGCUAUCCCCAUGCGCCAGGCAAAGCAUCAACAGCAGCCUGUACAAUGGGCGCAUCCCUACACUCACUCACAACGCCUAUUACUCAACACAUUUGAAGGGUAGUCGGUCCCUCAUUGGCAUUGGCACCUCAAUCAAGAAUGCCUUGCCAACACAAGCCCUAGUCCGUCACAACUCGCAAUUGCAAUCACCCGCAACACAAUCCGUCCAGGCAAACGCGGAGAAUAAUCCAGCCACUCACUACACCCCUCCACAAACCGGCAUAAUCGCAUCCUUGCCGAGCUCAUGGAUACCAUAUGCAGAAUUGGUGCGACUGGAUAAACCCACGGGCACAUACUACCUCUUCUUCCCCACACUCUUUUCUACCCUUCUGGCUGCGCCAAUGGCCGGGGCAACACCGCUCCAUGUCCUGGGCACAGCAGCACUGUUCUUCUCCGGUGCGCUGAUCAUGCGCGGUGCAGGCUGCGCGAUCAACGACUUGUGGGACCGAAACCUGGAUCCUCACGUCGAGCGCACAAAAUUUCGACCCAUUGCCAGGGGUGCCCUCUCGCCCAAAAAGGCGGUCCUCUUCACGGGUUCACAGCUGAUUGCUGGUUUGGGUGUACUCCUUUCAUUCCCUACUCAGUGUCUUUGGUAUGGGAUUCCUAGCUUGCCUAUCGUGGUAGCCUAUCCCCUUGCCAAGCGCGUAACCAAUUACCCGCAGGCUGUCUUGGGUCUUGCGUUUUCAUGGGGAGCGAUUAUGGGAUUCCCAGCGUUGGGGGUGGAUCUGCUUGCUAAUCAUGAUGCUUUGAUGGCGGCAGGAGCCCUUUACUCCAGUUGCAUUGCUUGGACAGUUCUGUACGAUAUGAUCUAUGCACACAUGGAUAUUAAAGACGAUGUCAAGGCUGGCAUCAAGUCCAUUGCUCUCCGCCAUGAGCACAACACCAAGGCUGUCCUGAGCGGCCUGGCGGUGACCCAGGUUUCGCUCCUUGCGGCUGCCGGUGUUGCUGCUGGAUGCGGUCCGGUGUUCUUCGUCGGCAGCUGCGGCAGUGCCGCGUUGUCCCUUGGUCUCAUGAUUUGGAAGGUCCAGUUGAAGAGCGUUCGGAACUGCUGGUGGUGGUUCAAGAACGGAUGUUUGCUGACCGGUGGAGGAAUCUCCUUGGGCUUGCUCGCUGAGUAUGCGGCGCAGUACCUUGGUUUGUACAAUAAGGCGGAGCCAGAGGCCAUGGUGGCCGAGCUCGCACAAUAA